AUGCCCGGACGAAGGAGCAGAACAAUCCCACCCUCCUCGUAAGUUGGUGGGCGACUGCUUUCUCCAUAGCUAUCAUCAUUGUCCGGGUAUGUGGUCGAUAUAUUCGGAUCGAACGGUUCUUCCGCGAAGAUAAAGUCAUGAUGGCGAGCAUGAUCCCGUUAUUACUCCGCAUGGCAUGUGUCCAUGUCAUACUCAUCUGGGGCACCAACAACACCACAAUACAGGGAUUAUCUCCCGAGGAUAUCCAGCAUAGGGUUAUUGGCAGCAAGUUGGUGCUCGUGGCGCGUAUUUUGUAUGCUAUCUUGUACGUCGUUAUCUCCUUUCCAUGGUGGUUCUUCACGGGGCAAGAACUGAUGGUCUCGACUCAUACAGUAUCUGGACGGCCAAGUUCACAGUAUGCGAGUUCCUCAAGCGUGUCGCAGGGAAGAUUUGGCGACGAUCCCUCCGAAUAUUCCUCAAGUUCCUCUAUUACUUCCUUGCAUCAACUUUGAUCGCGGUGAUAAUCGCCACUCUCGCCGAGUGUCAGCCAUUCGACCAUUACUGGCAGGUCGUGCCCGAUCCAGGCCCACGAUGUCGCCUCGGCUAUGCCAACCUGAUCACCAUGGGCUCCUGCGACGUGAUAACCGAUUUGCUGCUGGUCUCCUUUCCGAUCCCUCUGAUCAUGAUGACCCACAUGCCUCUGAAGCGCAAAGUCUUACUCGUCGUCUCGUUCGCCCUCUCUCUCAUCCUCGUCGGGAUCACAUGCUAUCGGGUGCCAUCGGUCAUCUGGCAUGAUGGAUCGCAACAAUAUCGCUCGCUCGUGGCGUCGCUGGAGAUUUUAGCCGCCACGGCAGUUUCCAAUGCUGUAAUCAUCGGCUCCUUUGUUCGCGACAAAGGAGUCAAGAAAGUCAAAUUCAAGAAAGCCCUUGGGUCGGCCUCUGUCAGCGAAAGCAUGGAUCACAGCUCUGUCCGCCGCCAGACCAUCACGCACCACCAAUGGGGAAGCGACGAAGACCUGGCCGCUGACUUGGGCAUGCGGUUAGACCCGGAGAUAUGCUAUUCGGACAGGACCAGCCCUCGCCCUGCGCCUAUCGCCAUGCCCUUCCAUCCCUUGACGGCUCGCACGGGCGCCUUGAACCCCAACUGGUCCUUCAACCAGCGCUCCGCUGCUGGUUCUGGUACUGGUAUGGAAGACGACCGCACUUCCACAACAGGCAGUCUUGAAAUCAAAGUCAGUCCCCACGAGUACAUAGAAACCAACGGAUCGCCGCGCAGAUCAUCCCCAGACCCGGCAGCCAUGCUAUCAUCGCCCAGUCACCUCUCCUUCUUCGACGUCGGCAACCUCUUAACCUCCCCCAUGCCCAACAACCACCCCCAACCUCAACCUCUCCAAGAUCCAGACCACCACCACCACCAACACAACCGCCACUACAGCGCAGGAAGCCGAGCCCUCCUCCAAGACGUCGGCGGGUUAAUCUCCACCCCAGAACUCCCCUCAACCCCAACCCCAACCCCAACCGCCCGCACCUCCCUAGGAACAGGAACAGGAAUAGGAUAUCCCAAUCCCAGCCUCACAGUCACAAACUCCCGCCCCUUCUCAACCCCCACUACCCCUCCCGCCCAAGCGGCCUCUACAGCCACCCGCAUUCCCAUUCCCAUACUCACUCCUCCAACCGUCGCCGCGGCUCAUCCAGUGUGCAUUUCAACGACGCCCCCUCCUCCCCCGUCCCAUCCUACCGCUCCCAAGCCGACGUCUCGGCGCCCAUCAUCGAAGGAAACGAGGUUGAGCUGCAGGAUGUGGGUGGGCUGUUGUGGCGACGUUGAUCGAUCGAUCGAUCGAUCGUUUGUUUUGAUUUAUUCCCAGUGAAUGAUUGUUAUGUUCUGUAUGAAUAGACGGCUGGAAUUUAAUAUUACUUUUCCCUUUAUUUUUCUCUUUUUUAUUUCUCUUUCGUUUCUUUCUUUGGGGGCUGCAGUUGGUCCGUCCGGGCCGCUUGGUCUGCGUGUUGAUUGUGGUGAGGUGAGGGUCGGUAGGGUGAUGGUUGGGGAAUACUAUGUUACUGUUACUUUCAUUUUCCGUCUCUGUGUGUGUAUGUAUAUUGGUAUUUU